AUGCCCCAUCCGUAUAAUCUCUUUGACCACUGGUUCCGUACUAUAGAAUGCUGGGAUUUUGGUUUCUCUGUUGUUACAUUAAUAGGCUGUUACCAAAUAAUCUUCUCUUUGCGCAUCGGUGGUCGCGUCGACAUCAUUAAGUUUCGCUCCCAUCACCAAACAUGGGCCAAAUAUGCUUUCUGCUCAGCUUAUUUUACACAUGCAUUCACCUUUUUUGCGUUUAUUCCUAUUCUUGAUUAUUUUUUAUGUCGCAAUCAACAGGCCGACCUGAAUACCCUGAGGGGCCUACGAGAACAGAACAGUGUGUGGGCGCUGUUCAGCGACGGCAGCAUCUGGAAUGGAUCCGUCAAACAGGCGCAUCUUGACACUCCGGUAGAGGAGGGCGACGUGAUUGGCCUCUACUACGACCAUGCGGAGCUCACCUUUGCGGUUAACGGCAUCCCCGUGAAACUGCGCCUGGCCCCGACCUCCUCCAAUGCGGAAGAACCCCAGCCGGUCGUCUUCCAGAAUGGCCUCAUCGGCAUCCGUGGCACCGUCUUCCCCGUAUUCGCCACCGAUGAUGGCGCCAUCCUUGACACACGUUUCACCAGUUUUUACUAUCCUCCCUCCCGCAAUUCCGGCUUCGCUGAAAUCCGAUUAGAGCAGGAUAUCAUUUGA